AUGAAAAUCAAAACCAUCAGCAGAAGCUCUGACGAUUAUGUGCCCGUGAAAAGUACUCAGGAAUCACAGCUCCCUCGUAACUUGGAUCCUGCAUUGCAUCCAUUUGAGAGGGCUCGUGAGUACACUAAGGCCCUCAAUGCUACGAAGAUGGAAAGGAUGUUUGCCAAACCAUUUGUGGGCCAACUGGGUUACGGUCACAGAGAUGGUGUUUACACGAUCGCCAAGAACUAUAACGUUCUGAAUAAGCUGGCGACAGCAUCUGCAGAUGGUGUCAUUAAAUACUGGAACAUGUCGACGAGAGAGGAAGUAUGCUCGUUUAGAGCCCAUUAUGGUCUUAUCCAUGGCCUGUGUGUGACUCCUCAGCAAUUCUCUCCCAACCAAAACGAAAAUUAUAUGCUCUCGUGCGGUGAUGACAGAACUGUCAAAUUAUGGUCGGUCAACACAGAGGACUUUUCUUCAAUUAAAAACGACGAGGAUGUUAUAGGUUCCGGAAGUGGUAUUAAAAAAGCUUAUCAGGGAGAUCAUGCAUUUUUGGGUUUAGAUCACCACAGAUCCAAGCCCAACUUUGUCACCGGUGGUGCUCAAAUAAAUCUGUGGGAUACUACCAGGUCCAGACCCACCUCAAACUUAUCAUGGGGUGCCGACAAUAUUUCCACUGUCAAAUUCAACCAAAAUGAGACAGAUAUACUCGCGAGUGCCGGUAGUGAUAACUCGGUGGUUCUGUAUGACUUAAGGACAAACUCUCCAACACAGAAGUUCGUUCAGAAGAUGAGAACGAACGCGAUUUGUUGGAACCCAAUGGAAGCAUACAACUUCGUUGUUGCUAACGAGGAUCACAAUGCUUAUUACUACGAUAUGAGGAACUUAUCUCGUGCACUACAUGUUUUCAAGGACCAUGUAAGUGCAGUGAUGGACGUAGACUUUUCGCCUACAGGAGACGAAGUUGUUACCGGUUCUUAUGAUAAGACGAUAAGGAUAUAUCAGGUGAAGCACGGGCACUCCAGAGAGAUCUACCACACAAAGAGAAUGCAACAUGUUUUCCAAGUCAAAUACACAAUGGAUAGUAAUUACAUCGUCAGUGGCUCGGAUGAUGGUAAUGUACGACUAUGGAGAGCCAAGGCCUGGGAAAGAUUGUCCGUUAAAUCUACUCGCGAAAAGAAUAAGCUAGAAUAUGACGAGAAGCUGAAGGACAGAUUCAAAAACUUGCCUGAGAUAAGAAGAAUUAGUAGGCAUAGACAUGUCCCUAAGGUUAUAAAGAAAGCCGGGGAAAUCAAGCAAGUGGAAAUCGAAAGUCUCAAGAGAAAAGACAGGAAUGAACGCAGAACUAACAAAUCUAUGACUUUCACGCCUGAAAGGAAAAAACAAAUAGUCGGGGUUGCACACCAGUACAGAGACGAUAAGGAUCAGAAAGGUGAAUCAGAACAUCAAGAAUAG